AUGCAAUUCGUCGCUGACACCGUUUUCUCAACUAAGUGUUCCGGAUGCUGCAUAAGAGGUUCUACUGGCAAAAGAGGAAAUCCGGGCAACCCAGGACAACCAGGUACUCCAGGCGCAGCGGGAAAGCCCGGAGUUCCUGGCAAAACUCCGUACACGAGGUGCCCACUCGAAGAAAUUGAAACUCCGGAACCUUGUCCGCUCUGUCCUCAAGGACUGAGAGGAUCUAGAGGGUGGCCUGGAUUUCCUGGCGAUCCCGGGCCACCAGGCCCUAGUGGCUUGACAGGAGAACAGGGAUAUCCCGGAGAUAAAGGAGAACCAGGGUUGGAAGGGCCAUGGGGCUACACAGGGCCACCAGGUGAACCUGGCGAUAAAGGACCAACGCCAAUUACUACAAUGGAAAUAGGACCUUGGGGUGAUUAUGGUCCUCCAGGUCCAAUGGGUAAUAAAGGACCGCCAGGUCUUUCGGGUAUCAACGGGCCAAUGGGACCGCCAGGUCAAUCUGGCUUAGAAGGUGAAAAAGGAGAAACAGGUGAAAAGGGCUAUCCUGGAGCAGAAGGGCCUCCGGGCUUCGAAGGCGAAGCAGGAAAUCCUGGGAAAUGUGUAUGUAGUAACAUUCAGGUAUUCACACAGACUUAA